GGGGCCGUGAGGGGCGCGGGGGAAGCGGCUGCCGGCGCCUCCGCUUCGCCGAACACACAAAGGAAGCGAACCCCCAGUUUUAAACCUGAAGUAAACAGGAGAAAAACUGGCAAUGCCUUCUGAUGGGGCAGAAUAUACCAUUGGGGGGGUGAAGAUCCUCUUCCCCUGCAAGGCUUACCCCUCCCAGCUUGCUAUGAUGAAUGCUAUUGUUAAAGGCUUGAAUAACAGGCAGCACUGUUUGCUGGAGAGCCCCACAGGAAGUGGCAAAAGCUUGGCAUUACUUUGUUCUGCAUUAUCAUGGCAGCAGGCUUUGUAUGAAAAAUCCGUGCCAACCUCAUCGAGUGACAAGGAGGACAGGAAAGCAGAGCCCUCCCCACCAUGUCACUGCAAGUGUCACUCCCAGCCCAAGAGCAACGAGGCUGCAAUGAGUGUGACUCACAGUGCUCCUUGUUCUGCCAAUUAUCCUGACACAGGAACUUCCAGAAAGCCUGGAAGCUCGCUGACAAACACAGAAUGCAAGGAAAAUGAAACACUGGCUUCAAAACUGUCUGCCAAAAAAAAGUUAUCCCUUCAUGACAGUGAGAACGAUGAUUUUCAAGUAGACAGGAAAAGGAUUCGUCCUUUAGAAACAGAACAGCAGCAGGUUAGAAAACGUCACUGCUUUGCAAAAGGAGUCCAGUUUGUUGAUGCUUUAGAAGUUUAUAAUCAGAGAAAAAAUGGAGAGCUGACUGUUCACUCUGAAAAAAGCAUGAAAACCACUACUUUUUCUCCCCAAACACCUCCUGGCCCUUGCACUGAGUGUUCCUGUUCUUCUGGAAAAGAACCUGAUAAAGAUCCCAGUCACACAAAGAAGAAAGAAAAUGGAGAUCGGUUGUGUGUUCCCAAGAUUUUUUUUGGGACACGAACACACAAGCAAAUUACCCAGAUCAGCAGGGAGCUGAAGAGGACAGCGUAUUCCUGUGCCCCCAUGACAAUCCUUUCCAGCAGGGAUUAUACCUGUAUUCAUCCAGUGGUGUCCAACAGUAGUAACAGGAAUGAAAUGUGUGUAGAAUUGCUGGAAGGAAAACAUGGCAGGUCCUGCUCUUAUUACCACGGUGUUCACAAGCUCAGUGAGCACCAUGCCCUGCAGCCUGCCAGUGUGUACCAGGCUUGGGACAUUGAAGACCUGGUGAGCCUGGGCAGGAAGCUUCGUGCCUGUCCCUAUUUUGCAGCCCGAGAGCUCAUGGUGGGGGCAGACAUUGUGUUCUGUCCUUACAAUUAUCUCCUGGACCCACAGAUCCGGGACAGUAUGGACAUUAAGCUAAAAGACCAAGUAGUCAUUUUGGAUGAAGCCCACAACAUUGAGGACUGUGCUCGGGAGUCUGUGAGCUACGGGGUUACCGAGAGCCAGCUCCGGGCUGCCCGAGAGGAGCUCGAUUUCAUGGUCAACAACAACAUCAGGCAGAAGCAUCAUGAGCCCCUCCGAGCUGUGUGCUGCUCCUUGAUAAACUGGUUGCAGGAAAGCUCUGGGCAGCUGGUGGAGAGAGCCUAUGAAACUGCCUGUAAAGUGUGGAGUGGCAAAGAAAUGCUCAACUUUUUGCACCAAAUGGGAAUAACUGGGAUUACUUUUCCCAUUUUACAGAAACAUCUUGUUGCUGUCCUGGAAAAAGAAGAAAAAGUGUCAAUGCAUGGGAGAGAGGAACUUAUUGGGGUGCCAGUUGUGAGCCCUGCAACACAGAUCGUGCUCAAAGGCCUGUUCAUGGUCUUUUCCUGUCUCUUUAAAGAGAACAGCAGGUUUGCAGAUGAUUACAAGAUUGCUCUACAGCAGACUUACACCUGGUUGACUGAAAACCAACGUGAUGAUGCAGAUUCAAGUUCCUUCUUCACGAGGCCCAAGCACAAAAAGAGUUCAAGGCAGAAAACCCUUGUCCACAUGCUAAAUUUUUGGUGCUUGAACCCUGCUGUGGCUUUCUCUGAGUUAAAUGAAGUUAGAACAAUUGUUCUGACAUCAGGCACACUCUCUCCCAUGGAUUCCUUUUCCUCAGAGCUUGGUGUGAAGUUUUCCAUUCAGCUGGAGGCAAAUCAUGUUAUCCGGAAUUCCCAGGUUUGGGUCGGCACGGUCGGAACGGGCCCCAAUGGGCGGAAGUUGUGCGCAACGUUCCAGCACACAGAGACCUUCGAGUUCCAGGAUGAGGUGGGAGCACUGCUGCUUUCAGUCUGUCAGACAAUUGGCCAAGGAAUUUUGUGCUUUUUGCCAUCCUAUAAGAUGCUGGACAAGUUAAAGGAUCGUUGGAUGCACACUGGCUUGUGGAGAAAGUUGGAGGAUGUUAAAACAGUCAUUGCAGAGCCCCAGGGAGGGGCCAAGAGUGACUUUGAUGAGUUGCUGAAAAUCUACUAUGAUGCAAUCAAAUGUAAAGGAGAGAAAGAUGGAGCUCUCCUGGUAGCUGUGUGCAGAGGGAAGGUCAGUGAGGGGCUGGAUUUCUGUGAUGAGAACGCCAGGGCAGUCGUGACCAUCGGAAUCCCCUUUCCAAACGUGAAGGACCUUCAGGUUGAAUUAAAGAGGAAAUACAAUGACCAGCACAAAAGUACAAGAGGCCUUUUAUCAGGAAGUCAGUGGUAUGAAAUUCAAGCUUACAGAGCUCUCAACCAAGCCCUGGGAAGGUGUAUAAGGCACAGGAAUGACUGGGGGGCUCUAAUUUUAGUUGACGACCGCUUCAGGAAUAACCCAAAUAAAUACAUAACUGGAUUAUCCAAGUGGAUCCGGCAGCGGAUCCAGCACCACGGCAGUUUCGGCAGCGCUCUGGAAUCCCUGCACGCCUUCGCCCUCAGGAACCAGAGGGGUGGGGAUCCCUCCUCAGAGCACAGCACUGAAUUCCCUGCACAUUCCAGGGACCUCUCACAAGGCUCUCAACAAGAGGCCACCCUUCCUCUGUCCCCAGAUGUUCCUGCUAAAAGUCAGGAGGAAAAUUUGGGCUCAGUUCAUUUUACUGCAACCAUCAGCUCAGUUCAUCCCACAGCAUGGGAUCAGCCAAGUGACAGCAUGGCAGCAGUGAAACAAAGUGACCAGGAAGUGGAUGUAGAGAGCCAUUCUCACCAUGAAAAACAGAGAAGGAAACAUAUGGACAACACCCCCAAAAUUCCAGCAAUUAAAAUAGAGACAGAAAAAAUGAAUGGUUGGACCAAUGCUGAUACUGUGGGAGAGAAUUGCUGCUCUGAACCACUGACUUCAACUCCUGUAGCCAAAAACUGCAGGGCCACAACAAGCAGCAGACAGGAGCAUGUGAAUGGGCCUAGUGACAUUAUUGAUCAUUUAAAUCAAUGCCAAUCAUCAUCAAUUGCAGAACAUCAACCAAGUGGACCAGAAUCAUGUUUGGACACAACUCAUUUUUCAGUUAAAAAUGCUGAGACUUCAGGUGUUGAGGGACAUCCUGGUAAGCUCCAGCUUCCAGCUGAGCCCUGCAGGGAGUUUCCUUCAGCAGCAGGGAGAGCUGAGCCUUCAGCAUUAAAUGUGGAUGAGGAUGAGGAUGAAAGCAUUUACUUCACCCCAGAGCUCUAUGAUGAUGCAGAUCCAGAGAAACAGGGAACUGAAGCCCCACUUCCAGCCUGUUGUACCACUGGGAAUUGGGUGGAAUAUGGGAACUCCACAGUCCCUGCUGAUCUUUUUGCUACCAACACCUCAGAAACACAGAAUGUGACUGACAAAGCUGAGGCUGGCAGAAGUCCCCAUGGAAUUAUGGAAAAUGUGAGGAGCAGGGACAGUGUAGUUGAUGAUGUAGAGGUGGCAGCUGCAGCAGGAGCAGAGCAGGGAGGAUCUCAGGAGAUGGACACCCCUAAAAGGAAAAUCAGCCUUUCCAGAUCCCGAAAUAAAGGGUUGAAAGUUCGGAGGAGAUGCAGCAGAAGGAAAGCUGCCUUUAGGCAAAGCGGCUCCUCCCGAGAGAGAAAGAAGGAAACACACAACCAGCCUUGCAGGAAAGGACUUUAUUGUGUUGUCUGUGGAGCUGAAAUCCUGCCCAAAGCACAGGGAAUUUUGAGAAAAGCUAACUACAGUAAUAGUGAGCUGCAAAUAAUCUGGAAACUCUUCAGAAAUGCCAAUAUAAGACGUAAAGAAUCCAUUAAUAAUUGUAAGUGUAAACUAGAGGCCAUUUCAGAAGAUGAUAAUGUGAUGUUGGUCAUCUCAGAUGCUGCAAGUCUUGGUCACCUUAAAGAAACUCUGAAGGUUUAUCAGAUGCCAAUGAAAGACCUCACUGGCAGUCUAUCUUUAAAUGCAAUUUGGAAUGAGAAGGAAUCUUCUCUGACAAGUUACUUGCAGUGCAGGAGCUGUGUCCUUCAGUCCAUUUCUCCAAGCCCUUUGAUAGGAGCUGAGGUUACUCAUUUCAGUAAUAAAGUGCAGUCAUGGGUAAGUCAGAUCAGUUUAUUUUGUAUAAGAAAAUGAUCAUGGAAUGGUUUGUACAGGAAAUAUUAAAAUACUGUUUUUGUAAAAGGGAGAAUGGAUAUUCAUCUAGAUAAUUUCAUAUGAUUUAUCUGAUUUCUACCACACAGAUUUAAAAUUAUAGUUAAGAACUGAGUUCAGGUCACUGAAUGUAUUUGUCUAUACCUAAUUUGUUGCAAUGUCUGUAGUAUUACAUCUGAAAAGGAAUAGGGAAAUAGCAGCCAUCCAUGUCUUUCAUGAAAGGAAAACCAGAACAAAACAUAUUUACACAAGUGCUGUAGACUUGAAUUUUCAAACAUGUAGUUUUAUGUUAGUUUUGGCACUAAAAAAAAGAAGUUAAUCAGCCCCUGAAGGAUGAACAUGGACACGGUUUAAUGGAGUCAACAGGAAGAAAUUUAUUUAUAGGUAUUGUAUUUCAGUGUGAGCAAACUGAAUUCUCAAUAGGACCCUUUGAAAUUUGGAUGACAAAACUCUGUAUUUUUCUCUUAAAAGUGGAGGGUGAGGCUCCAUCCUGAGUGAUCUGUGCAGGUAAGCCCAGGACACCUCUGCCUUCCCUGCAUUUUCCUUCAUUUAUUCCAAGAUAUAAAUACAGUUGGAUUUAAUGAGAGAUUUUUGAGACUGAAUCUUUGCCAAAAGCCGAAUAUGAUCCUCAUGUUUUGGCCUGUGUGUGUCAUUAUCAGCUGCCCAAGCUGUUUGAAAUGCAGAGUGUGACAGUGUGGUGAUGGGACAAGGUUUGUGAAACAUUAUUUGCCAUGAAUUUUGGGAUUUCAAAUGCCACCACGAAGAUUUCAUGGCAUUUCUAGCAUCAUUCAUUUUGUAUCAAACAUAAUGAAAUGUUGCACUGAGGGAAUUUAUAGUGGCAGAAUAUGAAAUAAGGGGAUCCUCGGACGUAGAAUGAAUUGAUUUUUUAUCUUCUGAACUUUUUGUGGCUCUUCCAUCCCAUCAGCUCUAAAUGUGGGAUCAACUGGGUUUAGUUUAAAAAUGUAAAACAAACCAGUGUUUUCUUCUCAGCCCACCUGCAGAUUGAACUUCUGGGUAUUUUUAGCUAAAAAUACUCUGUUAACUCCUGCAGAUUUGCUGAAUGAGUUUCUUCAUUCCCAUUCUUCCCUGUUACUCUUUCUCUACCCACUAGAAAGGAACCUCAGAACCUUGUAGACCUCCAAGAGGCAAAACCUCCCCACUUCUGGCUUUGGGGAGUCAUUGUGAGAGCUCGUGGCUUUGGGAGAAACACUUCUAAUCUCUUAAUGUAUGGCUUUGUUAAAGGAGAAGCUUGGGGGGAAAAAAUAUCCCAUCAUGUUCCACAGAGCUGGGAAACCAUUGUCCAUCUCUGCUUUGGAUCUAACCAUGUCUUAGGGGUAGAUUAAUGUGCCAGGUGACUUGAGUGUGGGAUUUGAGGGGGUGAGGAAAGGAAACCACUAUCUUUUAUUUUUUUUUAUUUUUUACUUUGUGUGUGAAAAUAAAGAUAUUUAUUUACAAAGGUAGGAUGGACUGAGGAUGAAUGAUGCUAGAGGUAAAUACAGCUUUAAUUUUAUCACCUCCUUGCUUUAAAUCCACUGGCUGUUGUUGUCUUGUAAUUGGGAAUAUAUUCAUGUAAAUGAAGGCACACAGAAUGAGUCCAAGGAGUUGAAAAUGAUGAUUUAUGAUGUGCUAUCAUUCACCAGAGCAAACACAGAUGCAUUAAAGUGAAGAAGCUGUGAUUCAGUCAGUCUUAGCUCCCAGUUCUAUACUCUUGAAUCCAAGCUCCUGCUGUUCCUGAGCAAUAUAUUUGUGGAGAUAAAAUCAACAUUAUAGUUCCUACUGCUGCCCACCCUGUGGUAAAUCAUGUUCAUUGUCAUGAGGUAUCGUGUGUCAUCUUAAAUUGCUUCGUGUCAUGUGCUGACUAUAAAUCAAGUACAGUUGGUUCUGGAAGGCAAGGAAUUGUUCAUUUAAUAGAAAUCACAUUGCUCCAGCAAAGCAAGCUGAAAAUGGAAUCCCUGGAUUUAAGAGCUGUUAUUUACUCCUAGAUUUAGUCACUCUUUAAAGAGGCAACGCUGUAUUUUCAUGACUUUAAUUUAAGGUGGGAUUAACAAAUUGCAUCAUGUACAUUUUUUUAAUCUCCUUUUCUAUCAAUUAUUUCUAUUGAAAAUUAGAUUUUUAAAUUUACUGCAGCAUUUUUACAAAUUCAAUUGCAUCCUGUGUUCCCCAUUGACCUAGAAACCUCCAUUAACAUGAAAUCAGUGGCAUAUAAAUUACUAUUAUUUUUUUUUUGUAUUGCUUAAAACACACUAAGUAAUUGUAUAUUCCUUUUGGGAAAUAGAAUUGUGUUUGUGAAAUGGAAUAGAAAGGCAGUACUUUGGAAUUAGAAUAUUUUGGUAGCACAAAUGUAGGGGUGCUUUAAGAUGUAGCUUAGCUAAUGUACUAAAUCAUCCUUCAUAUGUUAAAAGGCGAACGAAACCCACAAUUAAAAUUUUAAACUUAUUAAGGAGUUGUUGCUAUCACUGAUUAGACAGUCAGCUGUUGAGACAGUAGCUUUUAUAUAACAGGAUAUUGUUUUGUUCAUCACGUUACCACAUUUGGCAAACUUUUAUCUUAAUGCGCCUAUCGGGAAUUCCAGUCUGACCUCAAUCUGAGUAAAGCCUCAGAGGGGCCGGAGCGGAGCUGGCGGGAGGUGCCAGGGCCCUGCUCCCAGACUGUAUAUUUGUUAUCACAUGUUAAUCAGAUUCAUCAUUCUGUUUAAUAAAGAUUUCAGCUGCCACGCGAAUGCAUAAUCGGCUAUGUCUGAGUGCCCGUCUUUUGUCUCGAGCAGAUUGCUCAAACUGUAUUAAGCAUCAUUAGACAAAAAUGACGACCUUAUUAAUUUGUCCUUUCUGUGUUUUCCAGCAGAUUGGGCCUCAUUAUUAUGCAAACACAGUACACAGAGCGGCACCAGAAGUAGCUCAUUAAUGUUUCUUUCCCCUCAGUACGUAACAGAUUAUUAUUGUGAAGUGUGCAUGAAAUAAUUGCUAAUUAUGUGCCUUAAAUUGUACAGUGAUUGUCUGUCUCAGGGUUUUUCACCAGGUUUAAGAGCACUGUGGAAGGCCAUCAGAAGCUACAGGUUAACAGUGCUGAAGCGAGUAAAGGGGAAGGGAAUCGCAAAACAUGCAUUUUAUCACACAUUUUCCUGUCUGGAAGGAGUAAUUAGGACAGCUCUGGAUUGCUUUGUAGUUACCUCUCACUCUGCUGCUUAUUGUAAAAGAAAUGACUCCCAGCUGGCAAAUAAUUUAAUAGAUCUGUCUGCCCGUGAGUAGAUGCAGGGGAGUUUGAACUGUGGGCUUUUGGUCAAAAUCCAGUGGAUUCUGCAGUGGUAAAGCUGGAGUUGGUGCAGAUCCCUCAUUUACACACCACUAAAAUCUGGAUUUCCAAACUCCGCUCUUUCCACCAUACAUUUUCCCAGGUUCUCCAUUCAGUGUAAUUCUCCUUAAAAUUUGUAAGCGUUACAGAAAUGGCACGGCAGGAUUUGGCAUGGGUCUGGAGUUUGACAACUUUGUGCUGAGUGUGUAAUUGGUUUAAGCUGGGAGUGCCUCGCACUGAUCCAUGGCACAGCUCCUGUAAUCUGCCUGCCACCGUAGCUGAUAAGACUUGGCCACAACCGAAGUUUUUGCAGCGCUCGAAAUAAAAUCCUGAUCCAUUAAGGGUUUGCAUGGAUUUAGGUUUUAUAAUCUGGUUUAGAAAUUGUGAGUGGUCAGGUCUUGGAUCCAGGCUUUGUUGUCGAAAAGAUGCCAUGAAAACCAUGACAUCAGCUUGGGUUUUCCUAACGUUGCUUUGUUGUCAGUCUAAAUUAAAUGAAAGAGUGGCUAUUUCUGAAGCAAAGUGUUUCUGGCAAUUAUUUAUUGUAUAUGAGCACUGAAACAGGUAUCUUGGAGGGGUAGGAGGAGAAUACCAUUCAUCAGACAUUACUUACAUUAAAUAAUUUUGGUGUCUGACUGCAUUUGGUUGAUGUUACAUAGCUGCUUAUGUCAGCUGAUACCACCAAAUGUGGUGGUGGCUGCAUACAAUUUAAAUUAAAAGAAAUGGAGUAUGUCAGCUGUAAAAUAUUCUUUAAACAUUUCACAUAGAUCAUUACUGAGAAUUUCUGAAGCACAGACCUAUAUUACACUCCAAAAAAAUUAAAACAAAAUUGUCCGUGGAAACCAGAUCCUCUUUACUGCACUGUUCGUUGUUGGGCACAUGGAUAUUGACUUGAUAAAUCACUUGACAGACAAAAAUUGAAAAUAGUUGCAGAAAUAAGUAUUUACUUGCAUUAUUUGAAAUGAAUAUAUUGCUAGGCUCAGCUGUAUUAUUAAUGUAGAAGUUCUGCAACCAUGAUCAUCAUUUUCUUUCCAGUGAUGUUUGUCUGUAAUCCAACAGCAGUGCAUAUAAACUCCUCUCUAAAGCAGCACUCACAAGCAUUGCAGCCAGUUGUCAAAUCAGGCUGCAAAGGACUCAUGUCCAUAGUGGUUUGACACUGAAAUUGUCACAUUUCCUUUGGACAAUUUUCCUUUUCCUUCACAAUUUUUAUUAUCCUGUUCUUUUUCUGCUCUGCAUUUUGUCUUUCUCUUGAAAGACAAAAUCUUGUCUACUUUAACUGAUCUGUUUAGUUAGUAAUUUUAAUUAAUUAAUUGAAAUAGAACUAUUUAUUUCAGUGUGAGAUUGCACUUCAUAUGAAAGGCUGUGACCCACACAUCAACCCUUGAGCACUUGCUUGUUGAGAAUUUCCAAGAAAUAAUGUUCUGAUGGCCAGGGAAUAUUGGAACUCACCUGAGUUGGUGUCAAUGGAUUAAAUAUUUUCCAUGAGUCUGGCUUUCCCCUUCUGAUUGUGUGCAUCCAGAGAUGACCUUGGAAAAGGUUUUUCGUGUUACUUCUUUCUGCUGGUGCCAGAAUCAUUUGUCUCCCAGGAAUUAUCUGUCUGAAUUGCUUUCCUUGUGCUUGACACUGAAUAUGCUUCUUUUCACUCGGCCAAAAUGUGUUUGUUCCUCCUGUCUCAGUCAGUAGAUCCUCACUGGGAUCGGUGCUGUUUCCAUCUCUCUGGGAAUAUUGUUUGCUGAAGCCUUAUUAAAGAAGAAAAAAUAAAUUUAUAACUCCAGGAAGAAGCUUAAGAGUGUUUCAGUAAAUGUCUCUACAUGUGUUUGCAGAAUCUGCCAUGUAUUUAUCGUCCCAUCCAUGCUUACGGUGUUCUCUGGGAAAACUGAGAGCUCUUAGGUGUCAGGGACUGAAUAUUUUAUUCUUUAAUUCCUUGAGGGCUAUAUUUAAGUGAAACUAAAUCCUAUUGAGUGAGAAAUAAAUGUCAAUCUCGGAGUCAUGUCCUGCAGUUACCACUGCUCCUCCCUGCUCAUGCCUGCCAGAAAAAGCCUGACAUCUAACUUAGCAGAAUUAUUUGAAUUCCACUAUAUUGAAAUGUGCUUUAAAAUAUGUAAUAUUUUCUUUAAAUAUUCUUUAAAAAGAGAGAGAUUUAAAAAUACAGGGCCAAACCAGGUGUUAGGCUGGUCCAAUGUACAUUAAUAAUAAAGUGCUGAGACAGUCA